AUGAAUCAAGAGCUUCUACGGCCUGUUUCAAAUGAUGAAAUUAAAGCUAUGUUAUUUCAAAUGCAUCCGACUAAAGCUCCAGGACUUGACGGUAUGUCACCUGGUUUCUAUCAGAAGCAUUGGGAGACUGUUGGCCAAGAUGUUUGUGAUGGGGUUCUUACUAAUCGCCUGAAAGUCAUCCUCCCGGAGAUUAUUUCACCCUUGCAAAGUGCCUUUAUUCCGAGAAGGUUAAUUUCUUACAUUUGUUUGGUAGCUUCGGAGAUUGCACAUUAUAUGCAUAGGAAGAACAAUGGGUGGAAUGGGGUGAUGGCAUUGAAGUUGGAUAUCAACAAGGCUUAUCGUAUUGAAUGGAGUUUUUUGGAGCAAAUUAUGAAAAUGUUGGGAUUUGCAGAAGAAUGGAUACACUGGAUAAUGAUGUGUGUUUCUACUGUGUCUUAUUCGUUCAAAUUGAAUGGGGAGCCUGUGGAUCUUGUUUAUCAGCUUUAUUUGAUUCGUGGAAGGCACAAGACCGAAUUUAAGGGGUUCAGGUAUGUAGAGUCCCCAACUGUUCAUCAUCUUCUAUUUGUGGAUGAUAGUUUUAUAUUUGCCAGUUCUCUGCAGGAGUGUUUAUAG